GUGUAGUCGGUGCAGCUAUUAGUCUUGCACCAAACGCCGAUUUUGUCGGACCUACAACUUUUUGUGCAAAACUUAAAUUUGUUAAUUUUUUGUUAGAGAGAAUCAACGCAAAUGUAAUAAAACAAAGCAAAAAUGUCAACAGCAGAUGCGAAUGUAAACAAUCAAACCAAAGCAGAUGCGGUCCAAUGCGCAACAGCACCAACCGCUACGAAGGCGAGUCAAAUACCCGACUGGUUGAAGGCUGACUUAUUUGUGAAACUGCUCGAGAAAAAUGUGCCGAAUUUCAAGCAGAUCAAGAGUCUCGCUGUCAAGCCCUCACAAGAGGCCGGUGAUAAUUAUUGCACGACCAUGACCUCAGUGAAGUUGGAAGUUGAGUUGAAGACUGGCGCAACAAAGCUCGUCUCGUACAUGUUAAAAUUACCCAUAGAAUGGGUGCAAAAGCUAUUGAAGGGUACCGGUGUGUUCGAUGUGGAGACCAGCAUGUAUCGUGAUGUCAUACCAGAGCUGGAGAAACUCUACAGAGACGCUGAUGUUGAAGUGAAAUUCGGUCCACAAUAUUAUGAGUUGGACACCCCCUCGGAAACCGGUUUCAUUCUCAUGGAAGAUCUGUGUCUGCGUGGCUAUAAAAAUGUUAAACGCUUAGAUGGCUUGGACCAAGAACAUACCGAAAUGGCGCUGAAAAAGUUGGCGCAAUGGCAUGCCGCAACCGCCGUACGCGUAGCUGUCAAAGGUGAUUAUCCGAAGGUGGUAAGCACCGGUAUAUUUACCGAAGAAUUCGUAGUAAUGAUUAAAGAUAUGGAUGAGCAAACUACAAAAAUAUUCAACGAGUGUGCGCGUACAUUUAAGGGGCAUGAAGUCUACAUAGAUGAUAUGGAAAAAUAUGAAGAAUUCCGCUCCAUGUUGCAUGCCGAUCCCAAUGAGUUCAAUGUGCUAAAUCAUGGCGAUUUCUGGGCCAACAAUAUCAUGUUUCAAUAUGACGCUGCUGGCAAGCUCAAGGAAACAUGUUUCGUCGAUUUUCAGUGUUCACGUUAUAGCUCACCGGCGCAUGAUCUGUAUAACAUUCUUCUUUCAUCAACAUGUUUUGAGAUCAAGCUCAAAUAUUUUGAUUAUUUCGUUAAGUAUUAUCAUGAUAAUUUAGCUGAAAACUUGAAGUUACUAAAAUAUCCGAAGAAACUACCCACAUUAAAGGACAUUCAUAUAGCGCUUUAUAAACAUGGUCGUUUUGGUUUAUCCGCCGCUCACGGUCAGAUGGCGCUUGUGCUUCUCGAAUCAACCCCUGAGGCAACCAUUGAGAACCUAUUGGGCAGUUCGCCAGAGGGUGUGAACUUCAAAAAGCUACUCUACACAAAUGAGCGUUAUCGUAAACACGCUGAAGUUGUCUUGCCAUGGCUUUAUUAUCGCGGUGCUUUUGAAUAAAAAAAAACUAACGGUAUUAAAAUGCACAUCUACAAACAUUCACACUUCUAUUUUAUCAGUACUUUUGUUAUAAAUGUACAUUAGAAAUUAUGCUCAAUACGGCGUGUAUGACUAAUUGCAAUUUACUUUACGAGCAGCAAUUAGUGUGAUGUGAAGAGCUUUUGGCUCCAUAAAAAAUUGUGUUUGACUAUGCGUUGCGACUACUGAAUGACACGAGCCGAUGUAUUAGAAUUGUGAGUGAAUAAUAUACAAUUGGAUUAUAUGUAUGUAUCUAUGUACAUAUGUAUGUUUAUAUAGAAAUGUGCAUGUUGAACAAAUGAAGCAAAUUGAUUGUCGCUUCGUUCGGUUUGGCGGUCGACUCGUGUCUUUUUUUAUACUUCUAAUAAAUAAUAAUCAAGUGUGUUUCUCAUUUUAUAAUA